CUUAAAGCAGGCUUAACCCCGCUAAGUGUGCGCGCCUGCAGGCUAGAACAUCGGUAAAUCCAGAGAGGAUUGUAGCUUCUACACGAAGUCUUGUGUCAAUCACGCCAGCAGUCAUCCUUUUGUUGAUCCAAUAUAAAAAACCCUCAAAGCUUCAAUUCCAGCUUCGUCUUCAAUUUCAGGUUCUCCAAAAAGCAGAGAAAAAGCAAAGACUCUCAUUGUGCUGAGGUACCAUGGCAAAUCAGUGCUCCAAUGAUGGUUCUAGUACAAGCAACACUUCUGGAGAAACUUCAGAUGCAACUGUAGAGCUCAAUAUCAAGACUCUAGAUUCUCAGAUUUACAGUUUUCAGGUGGAUAAAAAUAUUCCCGUUUCAGCAUUCAAGGAGAAAAUAGCUAAUGAAAUUGGUGUUCCAGUAGGUCAGCAAAGACUGAUUUUCCGGGGAAAGGUCUUGAAGGAUGAACAUCUCCUUUCGGAAUAUCAAGUGGAGAAUGGGCAUACCUUGCACUUAGUUGCAAGGCAGCCAACUCAGUCUCAGCCUUCAACUGAUACAAGCUCUGGUGACACAAAUGCAAAUACUGGUAACAGAGGAAAUGAUCCUAGUGCUGGCAUCCCCCCAAAUCGUGUUGGGCAAAUAUCACACAGUGUAGUUCUUGGGACCUUUAAUGUUGGGGAUCAAGGUGAAGGCAUUGUUCCAGACCUCACUCGGGUUAUUGGUGCAGUGCUGAACUCCUUCGGCAUUGGUGGUCAGACUGCAACUCAUGGCAUUGGUGGAGUGCAGUCCUCUACCACGUCAAAUGUUAGUGGCCAGACUCCUCAAGGAAAUGAAACAGCAGAUGGGUUACAAAGCAAUGUUGGUGGUCAGAGUCAAGCAGGAAAUCAAACACAUUCUGGGCAGGCAUUUCCUGGUCAGCCAUUUCAAUCACCUCCUCAAGUCAUGCCAAUUCCUACUGCAGCAGUACCUCUUCCUUCACUUCGCUUGCCAAUCCCUGAUUCUUUGAGUACACUUUCUGAGUUUAUGACUCGUAUGGAGCAAGCACUGGCACAAAAUGGGUACCAGCCAAAUGCAUCUUCAAACAGCACAAGAGAUGUUCCAAGGGUAGAAUUACCUUCUAAUGUACAGGGAUUGCAAGCAUUGAGCAUUAUUCUGCGACAUGCAGAACAGCUUCUCGGUGGUCAUGUGAUCACUGCAUUAUCUCAUAUUGCAGAAUGCUUGGAACAAGAGGGAGCUUCUGGUGAUCCUUCUGUGAGGGGCAGAAUUCAGACAGAAUCAGCACAAGUAGGCCUUGCGAUGCAGCAUGUAGGUUCUCUUCUUUUGGAGCUUGGUCGGACAAUCUUGACACUGCGAAUGGGACAAUCUCCUGCUGAUUCUUCUGUAAACCCUGGACCUGCAGUUUAUAUAUCUCCAUCAGGGCCUAAUCCUAUCAUGGUCCAGCCUUUUCCUCUACAAACCAAUUCCCUCUUUGGUGGUUCUGCUCUACAACCAAAUCCAAUGACUUUCAGUCAUGUUGGUAUUGGUAGUGCCCCAAGGAACGUAAAUAUCCAUAUACAUGCUGGUACCUCACUGGCACCAGUUGUAUCAGCCAUAGGUACCCGGGCAAAUAAUGGGGAGGGGAUGCAAGGAGAACAAGGUAAUGGUACUGGUUCUGGGGGUUCAGGCCUAGUGCGGGUUCUACCAGUGCGAAAUGUCAUUGCAGCAGCUGUUCCUUCACAUUCUACUGGUGUUGCUGUUUCUGUUUCAAAUGCCUCACCACCUGGUCUAGGUGUUUCUAUUUCACAGCCUCCAUCUGAUUCUACAUCAUUAUCCUCUGUAAUAGCUGAAGUCAAUUCACGACUUAGAAGUCUUGUCGGUACCAUGCAAGGAGACAGCCAGCCUACAUCAGGCUCUGUUAGUUCUGGUGCAGGCAAUGGUGUAAGCAGUGAACAACACAAUAGCACAGUGAUUAAUGGGGCAGGGGAAUCUGCUGUGACCUUACCUGUGCUAAUGUCUGAAGGCGAUGAUCAACAGAAUCGGGAUGAUCAUGUGCGAGGAAGUAAUGAUGAGACUAGAGAGAGUCUUUUGAGCGCAAAAGAUGUCCCUUCUUGCUCAGUGGGAUGUUCAAAUGGAGAAACCUCACUAAAGUCAGAAGAGACUUCAGAAAAUGUCCCUAGUUCCAGUGAGAAGCAUGACCUUCCAGAAGGUGCUCAAGCUGUUCCACUUGGGUUGGGGAUGGGGAGUUUGGAACGGAAGAGUAAAAGCAGGCAGCCAAAAGCGGUUGUGAGGAGUGGAGGUCAUGGAACAAGCAAUAUUCCUGUCAGUCAGAACCUGACCACUGGAAUGAUUGCACAACAGCUUUUACAAUCUCUUGCAUCUCGUAACUCUGGUGCAGAUAGGGUGGGUGCAAAUGAGAUGCAUUCAGGUCAAAUACUCCCAUCUGUUGGCAGGAACUCGGAGAAUAGUCCGGUGGGAGAGCAAGGUUCUAGUGUCCAGUUUGAUGCCUCUAGUGUUAUGUCUCAGGUGGUAGAUAGCCCUGCCUUGAACGGUUUGUUGGCAGGUGUCUCAGAGCAUACUGGGGUGGGCUCUCCCAAUGUUUUAAGGAAUAUGUUACAACAGCUCACUCAGAACCCCCAAAUAAUGAGUACUGUCAGCCAAAUUGCUCAGCAGGUUGAAAGCCAAGACCUUGGUGACAUUUUCUCAGGUUUAGGAAGUGGCCAAGGCAGUGGCCUUGAUCUUUCAAGGAUGGUCCAACAAAUGAUGCCAGUAGUUUCCCAGGUCCUUGGACGUGGGUCAGCUGCUCAGCCAUUCUCUCAUGUUGAGCCUGAACCCCAGCUGCAGUAUAAUGGGAGGAGAUCAAGUGUAAAUGAAAAACCUAUUGACCAAAAUGUUCAGGUUGACCUCCAGGAAGUGGCUCAGAGAAUUGAACAUUUGGAUGCCCCUGGUGAUAUUUUCCGUGCUGUGGCUGAAAAUGCAGGGAGGUUGAAUGGGAAUGAUAGCAGAACCCUGGACAUUGUGCAUGAGUUGAGCAACGAUGCGGAUCUCGUCAAUGAUUACAUAGAGAUGCUACAACGUGAUAUACAUCAGCUGCUUCAGAGUGACCCUGGGGAGGAUGAGUCUUGAUUUCUGAUCUUCUCAAUUUUCAAGUGGUCCAGGGAAAUGAGUUGCCAGAAACUAUUACCCCAGCAGCCAGCCAGCCUUCGAAAUUGAUUUCAGCUUGUACAAAUAGGUAUGGGUUUCUGCGUGCACCAUGUUUUAGGCAAGCACCGAUAUGAUUUUUGGGUUUAUUGUGAAUUAGUUGGUAUUUAUGAUAUAAAUUCUCAACACACCAAUAUUUUGAGUUUUGCUUUUUUAAGGGAUUUAGACACUGUGACGUUUUGUUUCGUUUCGAGUAUCUAAGUUAUUCUGGCAGCUUAGAACUAAUCGCAAUUCCAUUGAAUAAUGAUGUUGUUAACUUGCUUGAGUUUGCA